GAUUUCCCGAAUGCGCGUCGAUCAGUAGAAAAGCGCGCCAACGGCAUUCGUUUCCGAGAAUUCGGCGGCCACCUUGCCAUGACGCAAUCAGUUCGCUCUUUCAGCGCGCGCGAUUUUGUGGCUUAGUGAUGCCAACCUCAGCAUCGCGCAACAGUUCGUGACUAGCUAGUGCGUUCGUUCAGAAUUUUUUUUCUUUUCUCUCAUACACGUAGUCUGCACGAGGUAUGCAUAUUUUUUUAUUUGUGUUCAGUGCCUGCGUGCACGUUUGCGUUAUUCACUCUGUAAACCUCGUGAUAGAAGUCUAGCUAGCUGCGUUCCUAUGCUGGGUCCUAUGCCCCUGCGUAGUGUGGCUCAAGAUCCGUUUACGAUUAGUAGCGUUCAUUUUGUGAGGUGCCUGCGUGCACCCAGUAGGCAAUUUUGUCAUUGUUGAGCAGGUUUUUCCUAGCGUUUAUGAGCGCCAGCGGGCACUCUGCGAUCAACAGUCAGUCUCCUAGUAAGACUCGAUCAGACACAAUUUUCGGCUCCAAGAUGACUCUGGUGCACAGCGAUUCUGAGGAUGAAGUCCGCGGCAAGGAGGCCUCUGGUAAGGACAAACCAUCCUCUAACCAACCCAUCUCUGAUCCUCAGACUCUUUUAGAAGUCACUCUAACUAAUCUUAAAAUCGAAAUUCCCAAUUUGAUUAAAGGAGCAGUUGCUCCGCUGCAGGCUCAGAUCGACAAUCUGUCGGAUAGGCUUCAUUUGCAAACUUCUCCUGCAUCCUGCUCUGAAAAUAACAGAGCCUCCGCUCUCAGCACCUCGAACCAGUUGCAUCGCUCUCUCAAUCCGGCUGCUCCUUCUUUUUCGGCAUCUAAACGGGUUCCUUCAUCCGGUGCGUCGUUUUCUCUCAUUGAUUUAAGGAAUAAUCCGAUUCCUACGGAUACUCAAACCACUAUGAAUCAACCUGCAACCAAUGCUCCUGGCAGCUCUGUCCCAGCAGACUUGAUUCCGACAAAUACUGACGUUUCUCGUCCUCACUCAGAUGCCUUUCUGGCUCAAAAAAUCAAUCCAGGUCCUUUCUGGACUCACAAUCCAGAAGGCUGGUUCGUAGGUCUCGAAAUCAACUUCGAGAUUCUCAACAUCACUGAUGACAAGCUUAAAUUCGCCACUCUUUGGCGCAGCUUGAGCAGAGAUGUUGCCCUUAGAAUUGAUAGUACUAUUCGUAACCUACCCCUCGAAGGCAGAUACGAGGUGGUUAAACAAGAUCUACUAAAAGAGUUCUCUGACACUGUUGAACAGCGUCUUGACAAGCUUUUCGAGAGAAGCGCUCUUGGUAGCAAGAAACCUUCUGACCUUCUCAAGGAAAUGUAUAUUCACGCCGGUCCCAACAUCGAUAAGGACGGUGUGCGUAGUUAUUGGAGGAAACUCCUUCCCAAGGACGUGCAGUUUGCGAUCGCGUCGUUAACCGAUCUUCCCGACGACAAGCUAUUUGAGCUUGCGGACAGGAUUCAUCACAUUCAUAACUCCGUCCCAGAUCAACGUUUCAAUGCGGUAGAAAUGGACAGAUCUAUUUCUUCAGUCGAUUUUCAAGACUUCAGCAAGCACCUUGCCAGCUUAGAGAAGACUUUGCGUGAGUUCCGCAACUCUUCUCGCUCUAAUAACGACUCCAAUAGAUCAAGGAGCAAGAGCCGCAAUUCUAGGUCCCGCAAGAGUGCUUCAGGGUUAUGUUUGGCGCACACUAAGUACCCAGACAAUCCCACCUCCUGCAGGGAUUGGUGUGCUAAAAACGCCGAGUGGAAGGCAAAAAACCAAUAAGGCCUGUGGACUUCGAGACCGUCUGUCAUGGUCAUUCCUCUAAGCGUCACCACAUCCAAGACCUCCUAUCUGGUCAAUUUUUUCUUAUAGAUACAGAAGCAUACCUCUCUCUGCUUCCUGCUGUAAAUAGUAUUAGAUCUAAGCCCGAUAGUCUUAAGUUAUUUGCGGCCAAUGGCACCAAAAUUAAUACGUAUGGCGAAUCUCAUCGCACGCUAGAUCUUGGUCUUCACAGGAAACGAGUAAUAGCCUGGUUUAAAGUAAAAUCUUCAUAAAUAAGUUGUUAAGUAAAGAAUCGUUUUUGCAGUUUAAAAGUCUUAAAAGUGUAGCUAGCGGUCUUGGUUUCAAGUACGUCUGGCAUAGAGGCGGUCGUUUCUUGGCAAAAAUGCGGGACGGGGAGAUGUCACAUCAUUUUCAAACGGCAGCAGCCUUGCAAGCUAUCGCUGCAUCAUAUUCUUGUAUGAUGGGUAACGACAAUAUUGUAAAUAAUGCGACAUCGGUACGUAACGGUAACGCGAUCACUGAGACUGCGUCAUGCUCAGGAUCGCUAGAUAAAGACAGUACGAAAAACUGACUAGGCGGAGUGAAGGUGAGAGGAGCAGAGUGUGAUGGGUUGAGGGCGGGUUUUGUCAACGCUACCUCGCUGAACAGGCACAUGGAGAUGUUUCGUCAAUUCCUGGCGACUGCUCGUCCUUUCUACCAUCUCUUUGGCGUGGCUGAGUCGCGUUUCGGGCCAAGCGUCGACGAUGUAUUUGCUUAGGUAAAGGGCUACUCUGUCCUUCGGCAGGACAGGAAUACCCAAGGUGGAGGUGUGCUAUACAUCCACAAUAGUUACAAGGCGAUCAUACUGUGCUCAUCUCUAACAACGACGGAUGGUAGAAAGCCCGGGAUUCCAGAGUACCUUAUGUGUAGAAUUCAAAAGGGCCGCUUGCCCCCCAUUUUUGUCGCCGUUAUAUACAGACCACCAGGUAUUUCUUUCAUGACCAACUCUGAUCUGGUGGAUAAAUUAAAACUAUAUGCGGAUGACUAUAAUCAUCGUAUAGUCAUGAGAGACCUGAACGCAAAUAUGUUGUCGACGUCUCAGGAUGCGAAUUUUGUCAGGGAUUUGGCCUAUGAGUUGAAUCUCAAAUUAGUUGAACAUGGCGCGACGCACCACGUCGGGGAGUCUCAUACGUGGAUUGACGUAAUCUAUGCUGACGACAAUGAAGUAGUGCUGAAUGCGAACAAUAUGAUGGCCACCUUUCCGAGUAGGCAUAACAUCAUUGAUUUUACGUUUCGGACUCCAAAGUCGGAAUCUCUUACUCUAACUCCAUUCUUUUAUAGAGAUUUUAAAUCCAUCAGGUGCGAGGAGCUUCUUUCCCUUCUCGAAACCUGCGAUUGGUCGACCAUCAGUUGCCCGGGCAUGACCACAGACAGUAAAUUAGAAGCGCUUAGUGGUAAAAUCAUGAUUGUCAUUGAAAAACUUGCCCCUUUAAAAAAAUUUAAACCCAAAAAUAAAAAAUCUUCACCGUGGGUCAAUGCAGAACUUGAAGACCUUUAUGAUAAGCGUGAUGCGGUCGAACGAAGAUUCAAAAGGACCCGUGAUUCGAGGUUCUGGUCGGAAUUCCAGUCUCUUGCGGCUCAAGCAGAACAGCGCAUAAUCGAGGCGUGAGAGGCUUUUAUUCAGGCCAGAAUUUCGGAGGCCCUGAACAACAACAAAAACAUCUGGAUUGAGCUUCGUAAUCUUGGACUAUUGUCCACAACUAAGGAGGAACUGCACGGUUUCUCCCCAGGCGAGUUCAAUGCCCAGUUUGCCGGGGUCUCCAUAUCAGAAUCAGAGAAACUCCGCGAACUCCGCGAUUGAUUUGCAUAUAUUGCAUAAAAAGAUUCUAUUAAUUGCGGAAUCGUUAACAAUGUUAACAAUUUCACUCAAAAAAUUGUGAGUGUUUUUGUUUAUUAGCGAAAAAUCAAAAACUUUUUGCACUGCGAGAGACGCAUAUAUAUACAGUUUUCUCAGCAGAUAAUUACAUUUGAGGAAUGAAAUUGACGCGAAUCGUUUUCAAUUUAUUUGCGGAUUAUAAAUAUCAAGGUCUAAGUUCAUGAUUCGCGAUAAUUAUUUAAUAAUAAAUUAAUUUAAUAUUCUGGGUAAUCGACAAGCCAGUUCGCUGAUCUGCGUCCUAUUUUAGAGCAUCUGCGCACGUCCAGUGCGCGGGCUAACGCGCGAAUUUCAAAUUUUGCGUUAUGCUGCAGCGGUGCGUGAAUAUUUAUGAAUAACAAACAUAACCUGAAAAGUUGUAGAGCAGACAAAAAGGAAAAUAAGAAGAACGAGUGCUGCCCGAGUGAGAAUCCGUCGGCGCGAGCACCGAAGAGACAAAUAAAGUAGAGUAGAAGCCACAUAGAAGACUGAUCAAGAAUUUGGUUAAGACCAGAGCUCAGCAAUCUUGCAAAACUUUAACAUGUCCGUUGAAGCACUCAGCGAUUCCGAGCUUCGGACUAUAAACUUUGUGAUGAUGGGUAUGAAAAUUCUUGUCAAAAGGCUGAAGACACUCUUGGAAUAGUCGUGGAUCAGCAGGAUCUCGGACCUCGAUGGCUGCAAGGUAGAGCUAUCACUAUGAUACCAUACAGAUGACGAUAUCUCUGCAAGUGCAAACAAUAAAAAGAAGAAAGCUCCGCUUAAUACCGCAGAUAAACUUUAGCUAAUCCUAUAUGAUAUGCCACCGCCUGCAACAGUGCAAAUCCCAUCUAUGCUUGCAGCUCAAAACACAGCAAAGAAGCGAAUGUCUAGAAAUUUACAGGCUGCAGACUCAGAAGAUUUGGAUGUAAAUAAUGUUGUACCCAUAAUUCGUACACCUCCACCUUUAAAUAAAUUUCAAAGCAAGACCUGAUGUUAAACCUUGUUGGCUUGCCACCAGGAGAAUAUAAAUAACUAGAAUAUUGAUAGUAUUAGUUUCCGUAGUUUUUUAAUUUAUAGGGUACAUGGCUGGGCGUGAAACCUCUGAUGCUGUUGCCAUUGUGUAAGGAAUAAAAAGGUUUAGAAAAAUUCUUGGGAAAUACAGAUGCAAGUAAGGUUCCAGAAUACUUAAGGAAGGAUUUGAAGGAAUUCGCAGAAAUGUUAUAUAUAAUUGAAAAAGGUCUAUCGCAGUAUACAAAAG